AUGGCAAAAUUAGUCGUUUACUUGAUUCUGCUUUUGGCUAUAGUUGGCGAGCACAAAAUAUCAAGUACAGAAAUCACAAAAAAUGAAAUUGUCAAUAAUGACGAUGCAUCAGUGAAUAAAAAUUUGCCAAAUCAAAAGCAAAAUAGAAGUGUUUCGUUUUUGACAAGCACAUUAGAAAGAAUCAUUCCGUUCAUUGGAUUGUAUCAUAAUGGAAAACAUUCGUCAGUAGAGAAGAAUGUUGAAAAUUCUACCUUAGAAAGCGACAAAAUAAUAGAACACUCACAGGAAAAUUUUAACUCUCGUAAAAAUGUUUCAAGAGCUAAGAGAAGUUGUCUGCAUUGUAAGGCCGGUGUUGACGCCAGAAAAAGAAAAAUAGUUCAACAUUACAACAAUAAGGAGUCGCAGUUCGAAAAAAACUUCGAGAAAAAGUUAAAAAUGUUGGAGCAAAAAAAGAAAGGAGCGGAGAAAAUCAAUCGAAAACAAAAGCUUCAAAAGCAUCAACAAAAUCAGCAGCAGCAACAAAAGGUUCAACAACAGCAAAAACAACAGAAACAACAAAAACAACAACAGCUAAAGCAACAACAACUGAAGCAACAACAAAAGCAAAAACAACAAAAGCAAAAACAACAAAAACAGUUUAAGCAACAACAUGAGCAACAGCAGCAAAAGCAACAGCAGCAAAAGCAACAGCAGCAACAACAACAACAAAAAGAAAAACAGCAACAACAAAAAAAAGAAAAACAGCAACAACAAAAAGGAAAACAACAACAACAACAACAACAACAGAAGCAACAACAUCGCCGCGAUCUGCAAGAAGGUUUUAAAAAAUGGAACGAUGGAUUAGAAAAGGAAAAAAGAAGUGUGGCCAACCAGAUAACCGACUACUCGUCAAGUGAGUACAUCAACGACGAUGUCAACCACAAGAAGCAAAAGGUCAACAAAUCGAAACACAUGGAACAAAAUGUUGCGCCGCCCGUCCAGCCACCGCCUAAGAUGUACAAAGUGGAAACGGUUGACGAAACGAACGAAAAUGACGGAGUGGAAGAAAUCUACCAUCACCAGCACGUCGAGUUCAUUCCUUUGAUGAAACGCAUGAAAAUGCUCUACUCACAACUCAACCAGAACCAAAACCUUUACGAGAAAAUUCAGAAUCGAAUCCGACAGAAUGAGAAACGCAUCCAAGUUGCCAAGUAUAAAAAAUCUUAUGAGAAUUUGAUAAAAACGAAGAAGGAUCUUAUGAUGAAAGAGGAUUUCUUGCAAAGACAGCGCGAAAGAAUGGAAGAAGAACUACAGCACGAACAACGAUUGCUUCGUCAGCAUCACCUAGAACAACAAUUUGAAUGA